AUGGAAGUUGAUUUACUCAAAUCCCUGGAGUUUGAAAUGGGAAAUCCUACAAUUAAGACAUUUCUCAGGUAUUGUAUCACUCUCAAUGUCCUAGCUUUUAGUUUUUUGGUCGUCUAUGGUGCAUCAAUUGCAACAAAUGACGACACAGCUGAUACAUGUGUUGAUUUAAAGGACUGUGGUUAUCUUAUACAUGAGUUGCAAUUGAGUAAAAGACGAAGCUCUUUGGUGGCAGUGAGAGAGAAAUACAAGCAACAUAAGGCUGUUGCAGCAAAGUUUUCUAAGAAAGCUGUGAAAUAUGCUAGGGAGGACGAUUUAAUUCUCCAUGCUCUUGAGAUUGAAAGUACUCGCCAAUGCAAAACUCAUCCCGACUUCUCCUCAAGAGUGGAGAAACAAGCUUGGGAACAAGAUGGUGUCAAAGAAUCACCGACCAAGUUGCGUUCUGACGAAGACACUGAUGAUACAGUUGAGAAAUUGAGUAUUUCUGAAGGCAUGUCAAAUUUAGUGCAAGAAUUGUCUCAAUUUGGUGUAUCAUUUGAGGAGCCCAAUCAUAUUGGUGUUUCUAAUGAGCAAUCGUGUCAAAUUUAG